CACAGCAUUUUGAAGAGAUAAAGGUUUUGGAGUUUUGUUGAAUUUUCAUCAUGUCCUGUUAUAAGACAAACUGUGUUGAGAAGGUCCUCAGGACAGCUUUUGAGAAGCUCGGGAAGAUUGUUGGCACAAAUCCCUGGUGGUUCUUCACAAUUCCUCUACUUAUUUCUGCAGGACUGGGCGCAGGUUUUUAUUUUUUACCAGUACGUGAAGCUAAUGAUUUGGAAGAGCAAUUUACACCUAUCAGUGGGCCAGCAAAGUCUGAGAGAGAGUUUAUUAAGGAACAUUUUCCAACCAAUGAUUCUGAAUUGUUCUUUGAACAGAGGCUUUACACAGACGGAACAUUUGCUUCCUUUAUUGCUGUAUCAAAAGGUAACAACAUCCUUACAACAGAUGCAUUUAAAAAGAUUGUAUCACUUGAUGAAAAGGUGAAACAGCUUAAUAUUUCUGACAAUAGCCAUGCCAUAUGGAACUAUACUUCUCUCUGUGUACGGAGAUUAGACUCUUGCAUUUCAAAUGUAAUUUUGAAGUUGAUAGAGCGCAAUCCUACUUUGGUAGAGAGCAUCAAUUUUACUUAUCCAAGAACAGGGAAAGAAUUUAUUGGUUCAACUGUUGGAGGUGUAAAAUUGAUACCAGAAAGCAAUAUUAUAGAAACAGCAAAAGCAAUUCAAAUUGACUAUUAUUUACAAGAAGAUAGAGAAGAAAUGAAAGAGAGAAGUUUGCUGUGGCUCAAAAAUUUCCUUUCCGCCUUUCCAAAGGAACUGAUGAACCUGCCGGAAAUUGAGGUGUCUUAUUUCACAUCAAUAUCAAGGCAAGAAGAAUUUGAAGGAAAUUCUGAAAAAAUCAUUCCUUUGUUCUCAGUCACUUAUUUUCUUUCGAUCUUUUUUUCCAUCACAUCUUGCAUGAGGUUUGACUGUGUGAGGAACAAAGUCUGGGUUGCUGCUCUGGGAGUUGUGUCAGCUGGAUUUGCCGUACUAUCAGGAUUUGGAUUGCUGCUGUUUUGUGGGAUGAAAUUUGCCAUCAAUACAGCCAAUGCACCAUUUCUCAUUCUAGGUAUCGGUGUGGACGACAUGUUUGUUAUGCUUUCAGGCUGGCAAACGACAAAAGUCAAAGAUAAAGUUGAAAAACGUUUGGCAGACACGUAUGCUGAAGCAGCUGUUUCCAUCACAAUCACCACAUUGACUGAUGUUUUAGCCUUUUAUAUUGGCAUCCUGACACCUUUUCGAUCUGUGCAAUCAUUUUGUGUUUACACUGGUACAACGGUUCUGUUCUGCUUUAUUUAUAACAUUACAUUUUUUGGAGCUGUUCUUGCACUGAAUGGGAGAAGGGAAGCCAGUAACAGGCACUGGCUGACAUUCAGAAAGGCUGACAAAGAUCCUAAACCAGGAGAAUCUACACUGAGCACCAUGUGUUGUGUAGGUGGGGCUUAUGAUCCGAAAACAGGUGCCGAAUCAGAACAUCCAGUCCACUACUUCUUUAAGGAAUAUUACGGUCCAUUCCUCACCAAUGUAUGGACCAAGGCAGCUGUGGUUCUCCUGUAUUUAGGAUAUUUAGCUGGCAGUAUUUAUGGCUGUUUACAGAUCAAGGAGGGAAUUGAUCUCAGAAAUCUGGCCUUUGAUGAUUCAUAUGUGAUACCGUUUUAUGAUGCGGAAAGAGAUUUUUUCUCAGAGUAUGGACCACGAAUCAUGGUCACUGUCACUGAGUCUGUAGAUUACUGGAAUUCCACUGUGCGGAGUGAUAUUGAAACCUGUAUGGAGAGAUUUGAAAACCUCUCAUAUGUAGAUCGUGAACUGUCAGAGUCCUGGCUUCGUAGCUACGUUAGUGUAUAUGGAAAUAACAGUAUAGAUAUAGACAAGCAAGAUACGUUCAUGAGAAACUUAACAAAAUUCCUUCAGUUCGUCCCUGCAUUCAAACAAGAUAUUGACAUUUCAGAAAAUGAACAGAACAUUAAUGCUUCACGUUUUUUCAUUCAAACCAUGAAUGUCAAUAGUUCAGUUGCUGAAAAAAACAUACUGACUGAAUUAAGAGAUCUGGUAAAGAAAUGUAGAAUUCCCCUGCUGGUAUAUCACCCUGCAUUUAUCUAUUUUGAUCAAUAUCUUGUUAUAGUAUCCAACACAAUACAGAAUGUAGUUGUGGCUGCCCUGGCUAUGCUUCUUAUCGCCUUAUUGUUAAUACCUAAUCCAGUCUGCUCUCUCUGGGUCACAUUUGCAACAGCGUCAGUUUUAGUGGGUGUAACUGGGUUGAUGGCUCUUUGGGGUGUCAAUUUAGAUUCCAUAUCAAUGAUUAAUCUGGUCAUCUGCAUCGGCUUUUCAGUGGAUUUUUCAGCUCACAUUUCCUAUGCAUUUGUUUCAAGUGGCAAAGGCAGUUACAAUGAAAGAGCUAUCGAUGCACUGUAUGCUCUUGGGUAUCCCAUUAUCCAGGGAGCAGUUUCAACCAUACUGGGUGUGGUUGUGCUGGCUGCUGCAGAAAGUUACAUCUUCAGGACAUUUUUCAAAAUCAUGUUUCUUGUCAUAUCUUUUGGGGCAGUUCAUGGUCUUGUAUUCCUGCCUGUGUUUCUGACUUUCUGUGGACACAAUAGAAAGUCAAACAGUGUAAUAGUAGACAAGGAAGCAAAUCAGCAGGAAAACUUUUCACCAAACAAACGUCAGGCACAUUUUGGAAGAACAGACAAUGUGGUAAAUUGUCAGAAAAACAACAUGUAUUACAACAAAGCAUAUGAAAGUCCAAAACCUGGCAACUUUAAUCCAUAUGGCAAACGUGUGGAAAUGCCUGAUCCAGAUUGUCCAUAAUACUGUGGAUACACAAAGGGAUGGCAGCUGCUGGAUUCUGGAACAACAAACAGUCUGCCUUUCACCUCUCACCUGAUGGUUCCCAUUAUUACCUUCCUUAUAUCAGACUCCACCAUUGGUAGCCUUUGUAUUCCUGCUUAUCAUCCUCUAGGAUCUGUGUCCAACUUCACCCUCCCCACCCUCCUCCUGGCUCAAUCUCCCUCCUUUUCUUUGUCUUGUUCCAUCUAUCAUGUCUCCGAGCUCCACCCCUCCCUCUCCCCUACCUCAUUAGAUCUGUUUGUCAUCCUCUUCCUCCCUCAGUUCACCAAUCACUUCCGGCCUCCGUGUCAAUGUAAAAUAAUGUAAAAUAAUGACAGUCUUUCAAAAAAAUGUGGUUAUUAAUUUUUUGCAAUUAUUUUCAUUUUUAUUUGUAUUUAAUCAUCACUAAAUCGUUUGUUUACUGAAGAGUAUACUGAAAUAUUUUUGGAUAUAAUUCAUUCAAUGCAUUGAGUACUUAUAUAAUGUAUUACCAUUUUAGUUUACAAUCUUUGUAAUAUGUUCAUAAGUUAAAAUUUAUGAUAUUCACCGGUGUUGUGCAGUGUGAAGUUUUUUUGUCUACGUUUAAUUCAGUUUUAUGGUAUCAUCUCAUAACAUGAACCC